AUGUUCAGCAGCAGGACCCAAGGGGGUGUGGUUGAUCGGUCCCUGGUGCGACCCCGCGUUGAGGUCAACCUGAGCACCUUUUCCUACCUGUUCAGCGAGCUCAUCCAGUACUGUCAAGCGCGCGUAUCAAACAUCGGGGAGCUUGAGCGGAGGCUGGACAUUGUGGGAUUUGGCGUGGGCGUGCGCCUGCUGGAGCUGCUGAGCUAUCGCGAGCGCAGUAGCCGCCGCGACCUGAAGCUGCUGGAUGCGCUGCGAUUCGUGCACACCACCCUUUGGCGGUACCUCUUUGGCCGCCCCGCCAAGGACCUGGAGCAGAGCAAUAAUGCUGAGGACGAGUACAUGAUCUCCGACGUCGACCUCUUUAUCACCAAGUACAUCAGCGUGCCCAAGGAGAUGGGGCACCUGAACUGCGCUGCUUUCGUGGCGGGGAUCGUGAGGGGCGCCCUGGAUGGCGCUGGCUUCCCAUCCAGGGUUACAGCCCACAAUGUGGCCGUGCCGGGGCAGUCGCAGGCCAAGACCACGCUGCUGAUAAAGUUCGAUGCCUUGGUGCUGCAGAGGGAGCAGCGGCUGCCCUCCAGCUGA